GGAUCAAAACAUUUGCUGAACAGUGGACUCAGAGACCAAUAAAAGUAAACUUCUACUCGAGCAACGUUUGACUGUUAGCCAGUUGCUGAUGUACAGUCAAGAUGAGUGGGUUAGGAGAAAGCUCCUUGGACCCUCUGGCCACGGAUUCCCGGAAACGCAAACUGCCAUGUGAUAACCCAGGACAAGGUCUUACCUGCAGUGGUGAAAAGUGGAGAAGGGAGCAGGAGAGUAAAUAUAUUGAAGAAUUGGCUGAACUGAUAUCUGCUAACCUGAGUGACAUCGAUAAUUUCAAUGUCAAACCAGAUAAAUGUGCCAUUUUGAAGGAAACUGUAAGACAGAUACGUCAAAUAAAAGAGCAAGGAAAAGCUAUUUCCAAUGAUGAUGAUGUUCAGAAAGCUGAUGUAUCUUCCACAGGACAAGGGGUUAUUGAUAAAGACUCUUUAGGACCACUUUUACUUCAGGCACUGGACGGCUUCUUGUUUGUGGUGAAUCGAGACGGAGACAUUGUGUUUGUGUCAGAAAAUGUCACUCAGUACCUGCAGUAUGAGCAAGAGGACCUGCUCAACACAAGUGUCUGCAAUGUUCUACAUGAGGAAGACAGAAAGGAUUUCCUUAAAAACUUGCCAAAAUCUACAGUGAAUGGAGUUACCUGGACCAAUGAAACACAGAGACAAAAAAGCCAUACAUUUAAUUGCCGCAUGCUGAUGAAAACCCCACACGAUAUUCUGGAAGACAUAAACACCAGCCCUGAGCUCCGCCCGAGAUAUGAAACCAUGCAGUGCUUCGCCCUGUCCCAGCCACGUGCCAUGAUGGAGGAAGGCGAAGAUUUACAGUCCUGCAUGAUCUGUGUGGCACGCCGUAUCACCACCGGAGAAAGAGCAUUCCCAUCGAAUCCCGAGAGCUUCAUCACUCGACAUGACCUUUCAGGAAAAGUUGUCAACAUAGAUACGAAUUCUCUUAGAGCCUCCAUGAGGCCUGGCUUUGAAGAUACAAUCCGGAGGUGUAUCCAGAGGUUUUUCAGCCUGAACGACGGGCAGUCCUGGUCCCAGAAGCGGCACUAUCAAGAAGCGUACAUCCAUGGCCACGCGGAGACCCCGCUGUAUCGGUUCUCUCUGGCUGAUGGGACGGUAGUGACUGCACAGACCAAAAGCAAGCUCUUCCGGAAUCCAGUGACAAAUGACCGCCAUGGCUUUGUCUCCACCCACUUUCUUCAGAGAGAACAGAAUGGGUAUAGACCAAACCCAAAUCCUCACGGACAAAGCAUUAGACCGCCUAUGGCUGGAUGCCCUGGUUCGGUAGGCGGCAUGAGCAUGUCCCCAAACCAAGGCUUACCGAUGCUGGGCAGCAGGACUUAUGGCUUGGCAGAUGCCAGUGCCACAGGGCAGAUGAGUGGAGCUAGAUAUGGGGGCCCUAGUAACAUGGCUUCCAUGAACCCUGGGCCAGGCAUGCAGUCACCUUCUUCCUACCAGAGCAGCAACUAUGGUCUCAACAUGAGCAGCCCCCCCCACGGGAGUCCUGGCCUCGGCUCCACCACCCAGCAGAAUGUCAUGAUUUCACCUCGGAAUCGUGGGAGUCCAAAGAUGGCCUCACACCAGUUCUCUCCCAUCGCAGGUGUGCACUCCCCCUUGGGAUCUUCUGGAAAUACUGGGGGCCACAGCUUUUCCAGCAGCUCCCUCAGCGCACUGCAGGCAAUCAGCGAGGGCGUGGGCACCUCGCUCCUGUCUACACUCUCUUCACCAGGUCCCAAGUUGGAUAACUCUCCCAAUAUGACCCUGCCCCAGCCCAGUAAAGUGAACAGCCAGGAUUCCAAGAGCCCCCUCAGCUUAUAUUGUGACCAGAACCCGGUGGAGAGUUCCCUGUGCCAGUCCAAUAGGGACCUCCUCAGCGACAAAGAAAGUAGAGAGAGCAGCACGGACGGCCCCGAGACUCAGAGGGCCCCUCUGGAGAACAAAGGGCACAAGAAACUGCUGCAGUUGCUUACCUUUUCUUCAGAUGACCGGGGCCAUUCCUCCUCGACCAACUCUCCCCUAGAUUCAAGUGGUAAAGACUCAUCCCUUAGUGUCACCAGCCCAUCUGGCGUCUCUUCUUCUACUUCUGGAGGCGUGUCUUCCACGUCCAACAUGCACGGGUCGCUGCUGCAGAAGAAACACCGGAUCCUGCACAAGUUGUUGCAGAAUGGCAACUCACCUGCCGAAGUGGCCAAGAUCACAGCCGAGGCCACGGGGAGAGACGGCAGCAGUGCGCCUUCCUGUGGGGAGGCGGCCAUCAAGCAGGAACAGCUGAGCCCCAAGAAGAAGGAAAGCAACGCACUUCUUCGCUACCUGCUGGACAGGGAUGACCCCAGCGACGCCCUCUCUAAAGAGCUGCAGCCCAAAAUGGAAGGCAUCGAGGGUAAAACGAGCCAGUGUGGCAGCUCUGCCAUCCCUAGCUCGAGUCAAGAGAAAGACUCUAAAAUUAAGGCGGAACAGGCGCACGAAGAGGCAUCCGGAGAUUUGGAUAAUCUAGAUGCUAUUCUUGGCGAUCUGACUGGGUCAGACUUUUAUAAUAAUUCCAUACCCACAAAUGGUAGUAAUCUGGUGGGAGCUAAGCCACAGAUGUUUCAAGGAACGAACUCUCUGGCAGGUCUGAGAAGUCCGCAGUCUGUACAGGCGAUCCGGCCCCCAUAUAACCGCGCAGUGUCACUGGAUAGCCCCGUGUCCGUGGGCUCCAGCCCCCCGGGCAAGAGCAUCAGUACUUUUCCCAUGGUACCAAAGCAGCCUGUGUUAGGUGGGAACCCGAGAAUGAUGGAGGCUCAGGACAGUUAUGGCUGCAAUAUGGGUGGACCAAACCGAAAUGUGACUGUGAAUCAGACUCCUCCUUCCUCAGGUGACUGGGGCCUGCCAAACUCAAAGGCUAGCAGAAUGGAGCCUAUGAAUCCCAAUCCCAUGGGACGACCAGGGGCAGAUUAUAGCGCUGCUCUACCCAGGCCUUCGAUGGCCAGCUCCUUGCCCGCCCUGCCCAUGCGGUCCAAUAGCAUACCAGGCACGAGGCCAAUGUUGCAGCAGCAGCAGCAGCAGCAGCAGCAGCAGCAACAGCAAAUGCAUCAAAUGAGGCGUGGUGAGAUUCCCAUGGGAAUGACAGUCAAUCCUUACAGCCAAUCAGCACCACCUAGCCAACCAGGCUCCUGGCCAGAGGGCAUGCUGUCCAUGGAACAAGGCCCUCAUGGAACUCAAAAUAGGCCCCUUCUGAGGAGUUCCCUGGAUGAUCUCCUUGGGCCACCUUCCAACCUCGAAGGCCAGAGUGAUGAGAGAGCCUUGCUGGACCAGCUGCACACCCUCUUGAGCAAUACAGAUGCCACAGGCCUGGAAGAAAUUGACAGAGCACUGGGCAUCCCUGAGCUUGUAAACCAAGGACAAGCGCUGGAACCCAAACAGGAACCUUUUCAAGGCCAAGAAGCAGCCGUCAUGAUGGAACAAAAGGCAGCAUUAUAUGGGCAGACGUACCCAGCCCAGGGGCCCCCAAUGCAAGGUGGCUUUAAUCUUCAGGGACAAUCAUCCUUUAACUCUAUGAUGAACCAGAUGAGUCAGCAGGGCAGUUUUCCUCUCCAAGGGAUGCACCCGAGGGCCAGCAUCAUGAGGCCCCGGACCAGUACCCCUAAGCCGCUUCGGAUGCAGCUUCAGCAGCGACUGCAAGGCCAGCAGUUUCUGAAUCAGAGCCGCCAGGCACUGGACAUGAAGAUGGAGCACCCCGCUCCCACAGGGCCUGCGGUGAUGAGGCCCAUGACGCAGCCCCAGAUGAACGCACAGGUCUCUCUUCCUGGAUUAUAAAUCCCAUGCUCACUGGGUCAAACCUCGGAAUGGGGAGAAGUGUCAAGAUGGAAGUGAGUGUAUAACCCUGCCCGCAGUGAGAGCCUCCGAGGGGCCUGCUUCCCACAGAACUCCUCUCAGCUGCCCAGCAGAGCUUGAGGGGUGCUUACACGGCAGACAGCCAUACAGACGACUUCCCCGGAGCUUGGAGGACUACUGUUCAUGCCCCAUACAAGACAACCUCCCUCCAGGAAAACCAGCACUGGUGAAAGGCCCAGUGUUCACCACUGGCACCUACUCUGAAGUACUGAACGUGUCUACAUUUUUUUGGUAGUCAGGUCUCCUGAGAGGUGAACUAGGGUACCCCCUGCCAAGGUGAACACACAAGCGAGGGUGGGUAUGGUGGGGCCCAACCAGGGUGUCCUUCACAGAGCUGAUGAAGCUGGCUUCUGGGAGGACAUCGGUGCAGCCAGGCUAGGCACCUGCCUUGCCCAGCUUCCUGGUGCUCGCUGCCUCAGCUUCUCUGUGCCUGACCCCAUCUCCACAUGCUUCCCUCAGUGCCACUCACCCUGCAGCAUCCCUUCUGCCCAUUUGUUCCUGUAGUUUGGCUGACGUCACCAUCCCUGAGACAUUUGUCCUCAGAUCUUUCCACUGUUUCUGUGUUGAGGAGGUUCUGCGUUUGUGUAAUUGGUGCCUGAGUUCUAUUAAGUAAUUUGUAACACCUCCUUCUUAGCGCCCCUCUGGCCAGAAUCCUCAGAAAGACUGUACUAUAAAGGGAUGUGGGUGUGGUUGCCUGCCCUGGGACAUUGUGGGUGCUGUAUGUAUGACACAGCCUGGUGCAGCUUGAGGUGCUGUAUGAUGCUGCCCGGUACAUUGUGGGUACUCAGUAUGAAGCAGCCUCUGGCACAUUGUGGGGUACCAUCUGUAUGAAGCUGGCCGGUGCAUCGUGGAUGCUGAAUGUAUGACAUCGUGGUGCAUGGUGGGAUGGUAUGGGUAAAACAGACUGGCUCUUGCCCUGAGUGUGUAACUGUUCU